AAAUUUGCUUAUGAGCACUUACAUGACCCUGAAAACUCAGAUCCAAAACAAACCAAUACUCAAAAAACUAGAGACCAGUAACCCUCCAUGGCUGCAAGCUCCACUUACAUGGCUUCUUCCUCAAGUUUCUCCAUGUUGGGUUGGGUUGGAGGGAAGAAAGAACUGAAAGGGAAGAGGGUAUAUUCUAUAUCAGCUCAACAGCAAACGGAAGUACAACCACCUCCAGCAAAUGUAUCACAACAGCAACAAGAGCAAGUGAAAGUGAAGCAACAAGAGGCAAAGCCACUAAGGCCACAGGAACCUCAAUUGAAUGCUAAGAGUAAGAACAUGAGUAGGGAACUCGGAGGACAAUGGCUCAGUAGUGUUACUCGUCAUGUGAGGAUCUAUGCUGCCUACAUCGAUCCAGUAACCUAUGCCUUUGAUCAAACCCAAACAGAUAAACUCACUCUCAUUCUUGAUCCUACCAAUGAGUUUGUAUGGACUGAUGAGACAUGCAACAAGGUCUAUGCCUACUUCCAGGAACUUGUUGAUCACUAUGAGGGAGCUCCAUUAACAGAAUAUACUCUGCGUCUUAUUGGUUCGGACAUCGAACACUACAUUCGAAAGAUGUUAUAUGAUGGAGAGAUCAAGUAUAACAUGGAAGCCAGAGUCCUAAACUUCAGCAUGGGGAAGCCUCGUGUGAUAUAUAAGAAUGAAGAUGACCAAAGUCAAGUUGUACAAUAAGUGGAAAGAAAUAUGUAAACAACAUGCAUUAACAUAAGAGUAUAGUAAUCAGUAAUGAGACUCUGUAGCUCAGCUUAUGGAAGUUUAUGCACACAAGAUUCAUAGACAA